AUGAAGUUGCUUAUCUCGUUUCUCUUUGCCACUCUGGCUCUUGCCUCAAUCCUCCGGCCCCAAAAGAUCCUCGAUAUUGAACGCCAUGCUGUUCAUGACUGUCUCGAGUCAGCCAAUGAAACGGUCGGGAUUCUGAACUUUGUCGACUCGAGCGAGCACUACGAAAAGGGCGCCAAGCACUACAGCGGCUAUCUUGACGUGAAGAGCAAAAACAGACUCUUUUUCUGGCUGCAGCUGAGCAAAAUCAACCCAGCCAAGGACCCCAUCAUCCUCGUCCUCAACGGCGGCCCCGGAGCGUCCUCCAUGUACGGCAUGAUCAUCCAGUGGGGCUCCAUGGUGUUUCCCUGGAGGAUCGACAAACUCACCGUCAACCCAAACGCCCUAAAUGCAGCGGCCAACGUCGUCUUUGUCGACAACCCCAUCGGCGUGGGAUUCUCUCAACCGGCCCCGUCGGGGUCCCUCCAUAAACAGCUGCUGGACUGUACCAAGGACCUAGUCGAAUUCCUCCUGGCGCUGAGGGUCACCGACUUCCGAGGUGUGCAGCUGGUAAAGAAUGAACUGCACGUCAUGGGCUCGUCGUUUGCCGGACACUAUCUCGCCGAUCUCGGUGCGUUCGUGUCGGCGACUCCGGGGCUCAACGAUGCUCUCCAGCUCAAGUCGCUAAUCAUGGGCAACCCGGCCCUGGAGGAUAUCCGGGGUCUGGAUGCCACAUACUCCCUUGUCUGCGACCCGACUGUGGCCCUAAGCUUGAGCCUCCUCCUGACCGACGAUCAGUGCAAGGUCUGGAAGGACAAUAUCCCCAAGUGCGCUGCAGCCAUCGCGGCGUGCAGGAAGGCCCCCGCGAGUGCUGCCUGUGCCGAAGGAACUAUUGAGGGUGUUUGCGGUCAGGCUGAUCCCUGGGUAUACUGGAAGCUUACCUGCCGAGACCCCUACGACAUCAGCGAGCCGCGGGUAUGGGACGCACCCCGGCGCGAGAACAUCCCCGCGGCCAAAAAAUUCUUGGACCUUUACACCAAAGAAAUCGGUGCCGAGGGGGCGUGGGCGAUGUUCCAACCCAAAGUGCGCACCGCCCUGCGCGACUCUGGCGAGGCGUACAAGGACAGCAGCAUCCGGAUCCAAGACAUGCUCACUACCAAAGGCAAUAAUAUCAAACUGUUUGCCUAUGCAGGCGACUAUGACCUGAUGUGUCCUUACCUGGGACUCAAGAGGACGCUGCGGGAUAUACAGUGGGAUGGCCAAAAGGAGCUGGCGACCAAACUAGACCGUUCCGAGGCCGAUUACGACAAGCUUUUGACGGUGGCGGGUACCCCGCUUGGCAACUAUGCCGAGGCUGGACCGUUGAGGUAUGCGAGGAUCUUUGGGUCGGGCCACAUGGGCAAUGAGAAGAGAGGGGGAGAUGUCAGGGCCAUGAUUUACCAGUGGAUUGGUAUCAAGAGCCACCUGUGA